AUGUCUCUUGGACCACCUGGUGCGCAGCUCAGCCCAGAGCAGGCGGACAACUUCGAGGACAUCGAGAAGCAGUUCGCCGUGAAGGUUGUCCAGCACAUGGAGACAUACUGGAACAUCCUCGAGAAGGUCAAGGGCUCGACCCUGCGCCUUACCAAGAUUGACGACGAGAUCUACGAGCACUUCCAGAAGGAGUUCCCCGACUUCGACGCAUCAGCCACAAUAAACGAAGACGAGAUGAAGAGCAAGGCUGGCAAGGAACGAUGGCGCAACUUCAUCAACGUGUACGACAAGAAGGUGGAGGACUUCAAUUUCGGCGCCAUGCUGCGUGCUAGCCCCAAGACCGACUACACACAGGAGGGGACUAUUUUCGCAGUGCGCAUGCAGUUCUACGCUGUUGAGAUUGCUCGCAACCGCCAGGGCUUGAACGAUUGGGUCUACGAGCAGGCGCACCAGGCCAAAUAG